UCAAACCUCAUCUCAUCUCAUCUCUCUCUAUACAUGCAUAGCCAUAAAACAGAAAAAAACACACAUACAUAGAUCAGAGAAGAAGAGAAAGAGAGGGUGCAAUUCCUCUCAUCUUCUCCCUUCUUUACCUUCUUCUUCUUCUUUCGUAAUUCUCCAGUAUCAGACAGCAGAAAUGUCGAAUUUCACAAAUUUCACACUUCCCAAGAACCUCGCUCCAAACGAAGCGAGCCCCGAAUGGAUGAACAAAGCCGACAAUGCCUGGCAACUGACGGCAGCAACCAUGGUCGGGCUCCAGAGCGUGCCAGGCCUCGUAAUCCUCUACGGUAGCAUCGUAAAAAAGAAAUGGGCUGUGAAUUCAGCUUUCAUGGCUCUUUACGCUUUCGCAGCCGUUCUUGUUUGUUGGGUUGGAUGGGGUUAUCGAAUGUCGUUUGGCGAAGAGCUCGUUUUCUUUUGGGGAAAACCCGGUGUUGCAUUAGACCAGAAAUACCUCCUCUCCCCAGCAUUCGCGGGCAUGUUUCCAAACGCUACGAUGAUUUUCUUCCAGUUCGUGUUCGCUGGAAUUACUUUGAUUCUCAUCGCGGGUGCUCUUCUUGGGAGGAUGAAUUUCCAUGCAUGGAUUUUGUUCGUGCCGCUUUGGCUUACGUUCUCUUACACCAUUGGUGCUUAUAGCGUAUGGAGUCCGACUGGAUGGUUGUUCAAGGCCGGAGUAAUUGAUUAUUGCGGCGGAUACGUCAUUCACCUCUCGUCGGGUGUUGCCGGAUUCACCGCAGCUUUUUGGGUGGGACCCAGGGCAACAAAAGACAGGGAGAGAUUUCCACCAAACAACAUUCUCCUGAUGCUCGCCGGCGCAGGCCUGCUUUGGAUGGGUUGGACGGGGUUCAACGGUGGAGGUCCUUAUGCGGCCAACGUUGACGCAUCUCUGGCCGUCCUUAAUACUCACGUCUGUGCGGCCACCAGCUUACUCGUUUGGCUCUUUCUCGACAUCCUCUUCUUUGGAAAGCCUUCCGUCAUUGGUGCCGUACAAGGCAUGAUCACCGGCUUGGUUUGCAUUACACCUGCUGCGGGUGUGGUGCAAUGUUGGGCAGCCAUUAUUAUGGGGAUGCUCUCAGGAAGCAUCCCUUGGUACACAAUGAUGGUCAUCCACAAGAAAGUCAAUCUUCUAAAACAAGUUGACGACACGAUGGCCGUCUUUCACACGCAUGCUAUCGCGGGGAGCUUAGGAGGUAUCCUUUCGGGCCUAUUUGCCGAGCCCCGCCUUAACCGUCUCUUCUACGGCAACGACCUAAAAUACAUUGGUCUUUUAUAUGGGCUCAAGAUGGGCCGGACCAACGCAGGGCUCCAUCAACUAGGCAUCCAAGUUGGAGGGAUUUUAUUCAUAAUUGUCCUCAAUAUUGGUGUUACUAGCUUGAUAUGCUUGCUUAUAAGGCUUGUCGUUCCACUUCGAUUGAGUGAUGAGGACAUGCAAGCUGGGGAUGAUGCAAUCCAUGGAGAGGAGGCUUAUGCAUUGUGGGGCGACGGAGAGAAGUUUGAGAACUCAAAGCAUAUUUCAGUUUACGACGUCGAGGAUUUUCCAUCGGUGAAUCCCAAAAGAGGAGGUGCUGUUGAGAUGACAUGAGGGAUUCUUGUUUGAAGGCAUGGUUUUGGUUUUUGUUUCAUGGGUUUUAAAUGUUUCUAGUUUCGCUUGUUCUUGGAGUAUGGGGGAAUUUGUUAGGUCUAGUUUAGAAGAAAAGAUGCUUGUUUUAUCGUAUGCUGCUAUGAGAACUGAAAUAUGCUUAAUUUGUAUUUCUUGUCAUUAGCAAUAAUGAAAUUCUAGUGGUGUGAAAAUGAAAUCAAAGCCAAGUGCAACACAUCUCAUAAAUUGAUAUCAAAGAAGCAUAAUUUCAAAAAAAAAAGAA